GGAGGGGAGAGAGGCAGCGCGAGGGAAGAUGGCGGCGCUGAAGGAGGAACAGAGCUAUGGGCUCUCCUGUGGCAAACUCAGCUCGGGCAGCAACGUUUCCGUGCUUCACGUCAAGCUCACCGACAGUGCGCUGCGUGCUCUCGAGGCUUACCAGAACUGCAAGGGCAAUCUCUCCUGCCAGCCAGCGAUUCGCUUUGAAGGAAACCAAGGGCAAAUCACCAUUCCGAGACCAGACAGCCCGAAUGAUGUGCGAACAUUCACGUUUUACCUCUGCAAUGUUGGAAGGGAUAAUCCUCAAUGCAGUUUUGACUGUAUUCAGCAGUAUCAAUCCCGGCUUGGCAAUGUGCAGUUGGACUGUCUUGGGGGCAUACAGGAUAAAAUCACUGUGUGCGCGACUGAUGACUCGUACCAAGUGACCAGGGAACGUAUGACUCAGGCAGAGGAGGAGACUCGAAGCCGGGGAACAAUAGUAAUUAAACCUGGAGGUCGAUACAGAGCUAAAAGAGUGCUAUGCAAGCCAGCUGCAGGCAUCCCUGAUGCUGUUCCUGAAAGGAGGCGGCCAACACCAGUGAACUUAGCGAAUGUAAUGAAGAAGUAUGUUAGUAGUGUUUCCCAGCGACCCUAUCGAGACAGAGUCAUCCACUUACUAGCUCUGAAAUCCUACAAGAAACCAGAGUUAAUUGUUCGGUUGCAGAAAGAUGGAGUCAGUCAGCAGGAUAAGGACUCCUUGGAAAAUCUCCUACAACAGGUGGCCAAUCUGAAUGUCAAGGAUGGUACCUUCACCCUGAAAGACUUUGCAUACAAGGACGUCCAAAGAGACUGGCCGGGUUACUCGGAUGGCGACCAGCAGUUGUUAAAGAGAGUUCUUGUUCGGAAAUCCUGUCAGCUACACAAUGCCGGUGGGGGCACCGGGGAGACACCUUCAUCGAGUCCAAAGGACAGUGCAACUUCAGCCUCCCCGCCACAGAAACGGCCACUGCCCAAUGAUUUCAUCGAUCCGCUGGCUAAUAAAAAACCCAGAAUAUCUCUUCUGACUAGUCGAGUGCCUCCCACUUUGAAUGGGAGGUUAAAACCUUCCAAUGGGAAAGAGGCAGCAGCUGCCACCGUUGAUGCGGCCGCCCCAGAGUCCGGAGGCUCGUCGUCCACUGUGCCGUCGUCCACUGUGCCGUCGUCCACUGUGCCGUCGUCCACUGUGCCGUCGUCCACCGUGCCAGCGCUGGGGGAAGCCCAGCGAGCUCACCAACCUCUCUCUGACGUCAGCAACGACUCUAGCCAGAAUGGCAGAGAUUGCGAAGGCCCCAACGCCCCGGAGCGGCCCGGCUGUCCGGUUCCUCUGCACCCGCCCAAUCCCAGCGUGGCCAGCGCCCCUUCAUCUCACCUGAGAUCCAGAAAAAAGUCUAAAAAGCACAAAGACAAGGAGCGAACGCGGGAGAAGGAAGGUGGUGAGGAGGACUGUGGAGAACGAGAGAGAGAUUCCAAGUGUCUUCAGAGCUGUAGGGAGCAGAAGAAAGAUCCCGCACAGAAGCCUUCAGGUUUGAACGGGAUGUGCAACAGCUCCAGUGUUCCGACUCCAGCAUCGGAUGCGCCUGAUUACUUACUUAAAUAUGCAGCGAUUACAUCGCAGGAGCAGAGGCAAGGUUACAAAACUGAUUUCAACGCAGAGUAUAGUGAGUACAGAGACCUGCACUCCAGGAUAGAGAGCAUCACCAGGCGGUUCACACAGCUGGACGCUGAGCUGAAACAACUCUCGCCAGGGACUGCCAACUACAAGAAUAUCCACGAUCAGAUUUUACAGGAAUAUCGUAACAUUAAAAAGACGAAUCCCAACUACAGCCAAGAGAAAUAUCGUUGUGAAUAUCUGCACAACAAACUGGCUCACAUUAAGAAACUAAUAGCAGAAUAUGACCAGAAGCAAUUACAAUCCUGGCAUUAGCCCAGCUUUACCGAUUUGAGAGGGAGAGACGGCAAGCAAUUGCAUUUAAUUGUGUUUCCAGCUUCUCCUGCGUGUCUGCUUCAAGAAGAUGAAACUGCAGCAACUGAGACCAGCACUAACCUUAAUAAAUAGAGGAAAAUGUGGGAAUAGGAGGGGGGGGGGGGGGGGGGAGGGGCAGGGAGCGCCGGUCAGUAAGCGUCUAGUGAGGAGAGAUUAGUGUUCUAAAGGACAAAGGCUUUAAAAAAAAUAAUGGAAGCAAUAUUCAGGACUUGCUGUUCAUUGUAUCCCCCCAGCUCUUCAGACUUUCAUUAUUUAUCCCUCCCACCACCUGCUAUGUGUUGAGCUCUUCAUACCUGCUGUCCAUUGAGCUCCCCCACACCUGACUUCUCAGACAUCUUCCUGGAUAUUUUUGCUGCUGCUCUUUAUUUGCAUCCUUCACUGCGCCAAGACACGGUUAAAAUAUUAGCUGUAAAUUGUGCCAACCAGAGAAACAAUUAGUGGGUUGGCGCAUGUGUCCUGUUGCCCUGGUGGUUGGGUGCCCCUUGCAUGCAAGCUACAUUACCUGCCAAAAACAGGGAGUUCAGGAGCAGUCACUUUCAGCUAGUUCACAGAGUCCGAGAUCCAGCCUGCUUAGCCUGAGGGUUGUCCACGGGACCUGGUCACUCCCAAGAUGUCCAGUCACCUGUUAAUGACCAAAGUUGCAUCAGCUUUUCAGGGUCUGCUUGCUGACUGUAAGCCUGAAGUUCAGAGAACCCUGCUACUAAUUCUAAAGCUCACUGGCGAAGGGAUACCUGGCUCACUCAUCAAGUGUUAUCUACUGGCAUCAAAGCAAUGGUGUCGCCUCCAGUAUCAGUAUUCACGGCUCUGAUCCCACCCACUAUCCAGCCACCGUUGGAAUUGAUGGAAUUGCCAUUAACUGAUUGUUUUGUAAUUCAUUUUGUCAUGAAUCAGUGCUUCAAAGAUAGAUAUCGGGACCCGUGCUCUGUGAAAGUGUUUUUUCAAGUUAUCUUGGGUGUAAUCAGAAAUCUCAUUAGUCCCCGUGUGGGUCAUUUUCAUCCCUAUUUCGUGUAUUUAUGGCUUGGGUCUUCAGUAAGAAGUCUUGUUUUUUGUUCUCCCCUCCCUGCUCGGUUCUGGCAGACAGUGAGACGGCUGGUUACAUCAAUAACCUGAGCCUAAAAUCCUAGGUGCUUCCACCUGUCCUUCAAGGCCUGAUAUUGAACUGUAACUUCCUUAUUUACCCGCUACGGGCAGCACAUGGCUGCCGUCUCAUGUCUCUGUUGAUGCGGCUCCUGUUCUACACUGGAUCCUAGCAUCUGACACUUUUUUCCCCCUCAUUAUCUGCAUCUUGCUUUCCCUAUAUCUCUCCUCAAGGUAGAAGCACUGACAAAGAGAAAAUCUGACUUAAUUUAAAUGUCUGAAAGGUUAUUUUUGUUUCACUGUAAUGAGCACUCUGCGAGAGGACGAGUACAGUUUUGACAGUUUGAUGAAAUGAUGAACUGUUCAAGAUCUGAAUUGAAUUAAGUGUUAGAUCCUUAUCAGUCUCCACCCCACCCCCAUUUCAGUUUAUGCUCCCUUUUAUACCCAAACUAAUCUAAACUUGUAUAAUGGACUAAAAGGGCAAUUCAAUAUAUAUUUUAUUUAACGAGCAGCACCUUAAACAAACAAUUUAACAAAUAAUUUCACAUUUCUAUUUAAGCCUUGCAAUUUCAGCUGCUUUAUGAAUGAUGUACACUUCUCUGUGUCCCAGACUUGUCCACUCGUGCACGUAGCACACACUAUCCCAUUGAAGAAUAUUUAUUUGAGGUGUGAAGCCUCCAGUGUAACGUUUUUAUUAUUAGAACAAAGAUAUGUUCCGAUUGUAUGCUUUAUUGUAGAAAGCGAUCCAAGGGCCUCCAUCUGUUAUUAUUUUCAGCACUAGCUGGUCCUCUUACCAAAUAUCACACUGAUCAAUAUGUUUAGGAGAUGGGGUUCCAUGCUGUGACUGAGGAAAUAGUUAUCAUCUGGAUAUCAUUGUAUAGUCUAUUUUCUAAAGUUAUGGAUUCCCACCAGCAUUUAGACCUGGUCAGUCAGAGGGGAAAGUAGAUUCCUUGGUUUCCCGCCGCAUUCACUGCCCUGUGACUGUUUCUCAUUUCAAGUCAGCAUUGCGAAUGAUGGAUUUGUUGUGAUAAAAGGGGCAGGAUAUCAUUAAGGCUGUUAUUUACAGACAAUGGACUGUCUUCAAUGGUUUAAUGAGGUCUCUAAUGAUCCUGUCUUCCACAAUCUUUAUUUUAAGUAAAGUUUAUUUGAAAUGAAA